GUUGAUUAAUCAUCGAUAUUAAAAAUUGCACAGUUGAUUCUUGAUCUGAAUCGCGUUUCAAACUUCAUCGAACCUCGUCAAACUUGAGAUAUAUCGUUUGCAUUCGUCUUCCAGGGUUCAUCCCCGUUAUAAUUUAAAUGGAAAAACUCGUAAUCGCCCACUUUUCGAUAAUCAGCUCGGUCAAAGAUAACCACGUGAGCAAAUGAAGAUGGUCUCCGUUUUAUACGCGGUGAACACGCUCACAAACUCGUCGACGACAGUUAUUCUUGAGGUAAUAGGCGAGCAUCGAGCCGGGAGAUCGACGCUUUCAGAAAAAUCCGUACAGCAUCGUGGAGCAUGCGAGACCAUGUAACUGUAAAAAGAUCGCCGUUCGUCGACAACAGCUCAUCUUGAAAUGGAAUUUGAUCAAUAAUUAGAAAUUAACCGUUUUAGUCUUGAAGAACCAUGUUUGAUAUAGAAUUAUAUUUUGAAAUUACUGAAUUAAAUUCAUUAUAGCUGAUUUAUAUUAAUGAAAGUUGUUGAUACCAAAAGUUCUCGAAUUACAAAACAAAAUAUCUAAACAAACAUUUUCUUUUUCUUUUUCAAUAAAUCACUGUAACGCCAGACAAGAUUCCUAUCUAACUUAGAAAAAUAACUUUCCCUCUUCAAGUUCAAAUUACUUUUGCCGAGGUGCAUUAAACAUACUGGAUAAACGCGAUAACUAUCCAGGGUGAAAACAUUUACCAUCUCACGAUCGAACGGCAAUUUGACGUUUUCCAUUUAAGAAAUUCUAAGAAUCGCGGUGCAUCGAACAGGUGAAAAUCGAGGAGCACGCGAUAAUUCUACACGAGCGAGUAUCGAGUCUCGUUACGAUUUCUAUCUGGCAGGAGAGUAAAUAUCGAGAUCAACGUUUGACGCGAACGCUGACUGAUCGACGAUUUCAAAAUGACUAUAUUGUAAUCAGCUAUAAUGAAUAUCCUUCUGGAAUUCGCUGACGCAACGAUAAUAGACGUGUACCAGUUAGGUUUCAUGAUCAAUUGCAAGCAGUCAAAGAAUAUUGAUUCGAAUCAAUCUUAAACCAUUUAAAUAUUCAGCUAGACAAAAAAAAAAUUUAAUAAAAGAUCCAUCAUGAAGUACCACGAUGGAUCCCGUCACUUUUACUCGGGACCGGCGUAGAUGGUCGAUCAAAAAUUCUUUCCCCGAUCUCGUCUGCAAUUAUAGUUUUAAUUACCAGCCGUCUGGUGAAGCCAGUUCUCGCAUAAAUUUACCGCAGACUGGCUAUCAACGGCAAGGCUCCGUGGAAACGAGAACGAAUGACGUCGUUCAACGAAAGUAGGACGAAAAGAAAAGCUCCAAGGAGCUUGCAAGACUUGUAAAUAAUUUAAGUCACAUCGAGAUGUCCUGUGUGGGGAUGCCCUGCUACGAGGAUGGCUUCCGGUUGGCUGGUCCUGCAUCGGAAUGCUCCCUCAGGAGCAAAGCUCGCAUCGAUGCGCUGUUCGAGGACUCCAGAUCGAUUUAUGGUUCCACCAUGGGAGGGUGGUACGGAGGGGUGUCAACCAUGAAUUCGAACCACCUUGAAGACAUGAGCACAGAGGAGCAGAGGAGAGUGAACAGUGCUGUGCAAGCUCGAAUUGAGGCGAUGUUCGCUUCCGUGGAAGCCGAAAGCGGAACACCUGGGGAAUGUGCCGCUGCAAUUUUACCGGUGAAGUACAUGGGAGCAGCACCAGUGGGUGGCCGCGUGGCCAGCGUUCGAGGUCUUCAAGAGCCUCUUCGUCAACUGCUGGAACGGAUCGAGUACUCGGUGAGAGCGGAGCUCGAGGUUUCUCGACGCGGCUUGACUUUCCGCACGACGGACACUUGCGAGAAAAACAACCCCUUUCGUAGAAUAGCUGUGUGGAGUGCGCUUAGACUUCGCGCUAAACGAGCCCCGUCUGGUGAUUUGCAUCACGCUUUCUUGCCGUUGGUCGGCGAUCACGAUCAAAGCCAAACAGCUGAAGACAGGCAUGCGGAUCUAUACAGAACAAUGCGUGGUCUGAAGACCAGCUCCGACCAUUAUCCGCCCAUCUUCGCAGUAGUGAUGCGCCGUCCAGGCGCGACCAGACUGCUGGAAUGCCACGCGUUCGCUUGCGAAACUGAAGAAGACGCAGUGGCGGCUGCAGCGACGCUCUACAGGGCUCUCCUCGCGGAUCUGGACGCGAAUCGACGCCGACCGAGGCACGCGAAUGGCGUCGGGUGCGUUAGUCUAGCGUCGGUUGCGUCCAGCGUUCGAGAGCCUAGUCCAACUAGCAGAAUUAGUGCCAGGACGAACAUCCUGCAGUCGGAAGGAGCUCGAUCAACUCCCACGCAACCAGUAAGACCACCAAGGACCAAGAAGAACUCGGUGUGUAGCUCGGUUACGGAGGAAGAGACUGGGAAACCAGCGGAAUUGUUAAAAGCUCCCAGAAGAAAGAAGAAGAACUCUGACGUGAAGGCUGAGGACAUUCUGGAGGCCAGAGGGAAGAGACGAGAACCUAAUCCCAAGGGUAAAAUGAGUCCAAUGUUGCAGAACUUAAAUUCCAUCCCAAAAGAUUUGAACUCGAAGAUAUCUAGGGAAGAAGAACGACAGAACUCGAAGAACAGAAUGCAUAACAGCAUGAAGGAGCUAAGCAUUCCGGAAAAGAUUGAGACGGACCAUUCCAAGAACCAGAUGGACAAGCUCUACGACAUUGAUAUUAAUACUCUCUACGAGAGGGUCUCGAACAGGUACGAAAAGAUUCCCGUCAUGAAGAGGACAGAUAAGAAUGAUGAUCCAAAGACACAGAGUCCCAUUAAAGAAUCAGAAGACACUAAAGAGACGAUCUACGAAAAGACACACGCCUCGUACGACUUGAAUCCCUCUCAUAAUGAAACGAAGAGACAAGAGGCUCUCUCUUCGAGACCUGAUGCUGCGAUCUACGACAGAAUCGAGAAACCAGGUUGCAAGAGUGAAGAGAACUCGUUGUACGAGCGUGCUGGUAAACGACAAAGCAGCAAGGAAAGACUCUACGAGGACCACUUCAAAGAUGUAGACAAGAUCUAUACUCUCACCCAAGAAGAGCUUUACACUAGCAACAAGUUGGAUCGGACCAAGAUAAAAAGCUCUCAAGAGAAUAUUUUCUUCGGUAGGUCGAAGAGCAACAACUAUCAGUUGGUUCAAGAGAACUCGGUGCUCGUGGAACGCAGGAAAUCGAGGGACCAAGAGAGAUCGACGUCCGGAAGACGAGUGAGUAGAGUGGUCACCAUGGACAAACCUCUGAAGAAACAGCUGAGUGACUCUACGUCCAAUUUGAAUCUACCCGAGUAUAGUCAGCCCAGAGUUAGGAAGAGAAGCAGAGCCGGUAGCGAACCACCGGUAAGUCGAUCCGAAGAUGCGAUGAAGAUCCUCCAGGAGAGCAGACUGAAGAGAUCUCAGAGUGACAUAGACGUGGACAGAGGGGAUCUGAUGACUAGGGUUGAAUUACCCCGCAGAGGAAGCUUCUUAAAUCCUGGGAGUGCCAGGAGACCGAAUAGCCUCAAGGGUGGCACUCCACUGGGAUUCACCGAGUUAUUCGAUGAAUUUAGGAAUCAGGAGGGUUUGACCAGCGUCGACGACAUCCUGGCAGCUAUCAUUGAUCCUGAAGGGAUGUCCUUCAACGACUUGAAACCUCUGUACAAAGAGUUCUUACUGAAGCUGGCGGCAACGCUGACGCAAGACGAGCUUUAUCAGAGAUCGGCCAGCAUAAUGAGAAGACGUCGAAGACCGCAACGAAGGCGAUCGAGCCGUCCAUCUUGCCUGCUUGGCAGGGCUAUUAAGAGAUCGGUGUCGAGAUUAAAGGGCGGGCCCACGGAGUUCACUUCCGUGAUCUUCCCAGCGAGAAGGCUGAACGAUAGCUUCGGCAGCAGCUCUUCCUGCGACGCGAGGAAUAAUCAUAGGAACCGAGUGCUGGCCAACAGAUUGGGGAAAAGAAGGUCUUCCUGGAGGAUGAGCAAGGGUAGGGGUUGCCAUACCACUUCGGAGGACAGUGAUACAUGUAGACGACUAAGUCGAGGUACAGGAGCAGCGGCCAACAGAAGCAGCAGCGGCUAUGUGAGUUGCAGCGAGUGCAGUUAUGAUUCCGAGUCCUGCACCUGCGUCUCAGCGGAUAAGUGUUACUGCUCCCUGUCCAGGAGGAUCCCGGAGCAGCCACGAGUGUCCCCGAACACGGUGGUGUGUUCCUGCGACACGGACAGCUGUUCGGAAAGCAACAAAUGUUACUGUGCGCGACAACCUAUUCGACCAACGAUUCUCGAACAGCUAAGACAAAGAGGCAUCGUGCCCUCCGAGAGUACCCUCAGCAGAGCGGGCAGUCCGGAUAGAGUUCGAGCGACUAAAACGAGCAGAAGUCGAACACCUUCUCAAGGUUUGGAUGUACUCAAGAAGCAGUCGUCGUCAAGCUACGGCAGUUCGAAUAACCUCGCCCUGGAUUACGACCUCUUUAAUCCGGGAAGGAAGUCUCAGCAAUCGUCGGACAGUGAGAAGGUGCUGGUCGUUAGUGCCAGAGACACUCAGGGACGUUUGGUAUACGUUGGUGGCACGGAAAGGGAUAAGAAGUGUUUGUCCCAUUGUUCCAGCAGAUCUGGAGCGCAUCACGAAGCACUUUCGAUUAAGAAGAGCGCAGAAAUAGCUGCUAUUUUUGGAGCUGAUUCGAACAGGAUCAGUAGACGAGCUAGUAAUGCAUCUAGUAUCAGGAGUUCCAUCAGUCUGGAGGCUGGUCUAGGAUAUUUACCAUGAUCAUCGAUUUUCCUCUACCUGGAACUUUCUCUGCAUAGGCUGAUAAAAAUAUUUUAGCACUUUUAACAGAACACUAGCUGGCAGUGAGAUGUACAUAUUGUAAGAUACAUCUAAUUAUUGAUGGACUUAGAAAUUGUGAUUUAUGCGUGAAAUAAAAUGAGAUACAAAAUUUG